GUCCCAUUCUUCCCUCCUGCCUCUCCCCGCCAGUCAAGUCUUAUUCAAUGUCACCUGGUUCCAUCCCAGGGUGAAACAUUCAUCGUGUUUUCCGAGAAAUUCUUUCUCCUGGAACCCAUCUAAGCCCGCGCCCUGGCCGCGUUGAAUGGCCGGGUUGGUCCUAUAGCUCAGCCCGCGAAUGAGGCCAUGGCCACCCGCCUACCGCCUCUCAACCAUGUGGCUUGUUCGCCAGCCCUCGAGGAAACAUCGCCGUCCUCGACGUCCUCGCUGGUGCCCGGACAGCCAGUCACUUCUAUUGCUGCAUUUUCCGACUCCAACUCAGUGGUGAAGGUGGAGGACUCCCCCACUCCUUCCGCAUUGGCCUCCGCGGAUGCAGAAACUCCCGCGCCUGAUAAUGGAGGCGCUGCGACAGCGGUUGCGGGCCGGAAACGCAAGCUGAACAGUAAUUCCGCCCGGGGUGUCGCUAAUCUUACCCCGGAACAACUAGCUAAGAAGCGGGCCAAUGACCGCCAGGCACAGCGGGCAAUUCGUGAGCGCACGAAGGCUCAUAUCGACUUGCUGGAGCAGCAGGUCCGCGAUCUUUCGUCGCAGAAGCCGUACCUGGACCUUCAGGCUGCUUUGAAGCAGAAUGAAGCCGUUCAAGUGGAGAAUAGAGAACUAAAGAAGGGGCUGAAAGCGGUCCUGGAGAUCAUACAACCCCUUUUAGGAGAUCAGGCAAAGUCCGACCUUACAGCGUCGGCAGCCGCUUCUUCGAGCGCCAAACCCAUGCCUUCGAUAUCUGUGACAUCGUGUUUUCCGGACAGCGCCCAUUUCUCAUCUAAUACCCAGCCUUCGGCCACAACCGAUUCAUAUACCCAACCAGCGAGCACGUCGAAACCCACCUCUACCCACCCUACGUUCUCGUCCACGGCACCACGACGAGAUGUUACGGCCGCUGGCCCGGCUUCCUUUCGUAUCGCGUUCGAUUACCAGCGACAUAAUCUAGCCCAUGGUCUUGACUUUGGUGGAACGGAUGAGCGGAUGGGGUUCAACUUCCUGCUCGAUACUUCGCAACAGGUGCCCAAGGUGGAAGGUUUCCGUCGUUGCUCGGAGGCCUCCAAACCACCUCCUUCCAACACAAGCUCGACUUACCCAGCACCUUUGCCUGCGGGUGCGACGACGGAACAGUCUCAAUCUUUACCUGCGUACUUGACACCGAUCCGGAAUAUUGCCCCGACUUGUACACUGGACGCUAUUCUCAUGGAUUUCCUGCAUCAUCGACAGCAGGAAGCAGCGAAGGGUGUACCGAAACAAAAUCUUGUUGGGCCGUCGUAUCCCAGCGUAUCGUCACUGCUAAAUCCUGAAAGGAGCGUUUACUCUCAUCCUUUAUCAAAAGUGUUUACCGACAUUCUGCGCACAUUCCCGGAUAUUGCGGGAUUGCCGGAGCAAGUUUGUGUUCUCCUUCUUAUGUUUCUCUUAAUGCGCUGGCAGAUAUAUCCCACACCAGAGAAUUACGAGCGGCUGCCUGAGUGGUUGACUCCUCGCCCGUCUCAGCUGCUCACUCCGCAUCCGGCCUGGAUUGACUAUUUACCUUGGCCGCGUAUGCGAGAUCGCUUGGUGAUGACAUAUCAAGACUAUCCGUUUGAAAAUUGGUUUAUACCGUUCACACGGACUCUGUCAGUCAACUGGCCAUAUGAGGCAACGGAUUGUCUUUUGUCCACCGGCGACGGUGACGACGUGAUCAUCAAUCCUGUCUUUGAAAGACAUUUCCGAAAUAUUAGCAAUUGGUCUCUUGGACCCGCGUUCGCGGAGGCAUACCCCUCGCUCGUCGAUACCGCUAAGAUCAAGUGAAAGCCAUAUAUAGCGAUGCCUGGCCGCAGUAAAGUUUAUCUAAUAAAUAGAAUUACCGGGAUUAACAAAGGUGUUGUCUAUUACAUCCCGGACCUUGGUCAUGCGUAUCGUUCUGGUUGCUUUUGGAUGCAUGCAAUGUGCGAAUUGGCCAUCUUGAGCAGUUGAUGCUUUCAUAAGUAGGUCCAACUAUUCUGCCGGGAUCAUCACGACUCUACUACUGAGUUCAGGCAGGGCUUGAUGUGGUGAGGGCUGGGCUCC